GAGUGCAAUGGCACGAUCUUAGCUCACUGCAACCUCCACCUUCCAGGUUCAAGUGAUCCUCCUGCUUCAGCCUCCCGAAUAGCUGGGAUUACAGGUGCCCGCCACCAUGCCCAGAUAAUGUUUGUAUUUUUAGUAGUGAUGAGGUUUCACCCUGUUGGCCAGGCUGGUCUCAAACUCCUGACCUCAGGUGAUCCACCCUCCUGGCCUCCCAAAGUGCUGGGUUUACAGGUGUGAGCCAUCGUGCCUGAACACAAGUGGCAUCACUUUAUACAGAUGAGGCAACUGAGACUUAAGAGACAUGAAGGGGCUUGGCUAAGUUGCAAAGAAGGUAUGGAACCAACAGAGGGGCUGUGGAGCUGUGCAGAAAAACCAGGAAGGCACUAACCCAGGGCUUGUUUUCAUCUGGACCUGGGAACUACCGGCUUACUUUCACUCACCACCAGCCCCUCCUGACACCUCAUCAUGUGUACAGGAAAAUGUGCCCGCUGUGUGGGGCUCUCCCUCAUUACCCUCUGCCUGGUCUGCAUCGUGGCCAACGCCCUCCUGCUGGUACCUAAUGGGGAGACCUCCUGGACCAACACCAACCAUCUCAGCUUGCAAGUCUGGCUCAUGGGCGGCUUCAUCGGCGGAGGCCUAAUGGUACUGUGUCCAGGAAUUGCAGCCGUUCGGGCAGGGGGCAAGGGCUGCUGUGGUGCUGGGUGCUGUGGAAACCGCUGCAGAAUGCUGCGCUCGGUCUUCUCCUCGGCGUUCGGGGUGCUUGGUGCCAUCUACUGCCUCUCGGUGUCUGGAGCUGGGCUCCGAAAUGGACCCAGAUGCUUAAUGAACGGCAAGUGGGGCUACCACUUCGAAGACACGGCGGGAGCUUACUUGCUCAACCGCACUCUGUGGGAUCGGUGCGAGGCGCCCCCUCGCGUGGUCCCCUGGAAUGUGACGCUCUUCUCGCUGCUGGUGGCCGCCUCCUGCCUGGAGAUGGUACUGUGUGGGAUCCAGCUGGUGAACGCGACCAUUGGUGUCUUCUGUGGCGACUGCAGGAAAAAACAGGACACCCCUCACUGAGGCUCCACUGACCGUCGGGUUACACCUGCUCCUUCCUGGACGCCUGCCUGGCUCGCUCACUCCAUUGCUCGCUAGAAUAAACUGGUUUGAGCUCUC